UCUAGACCUGGCCUCCUUACUCAUCCUCUCCUGCUCUUAUAAAAUAACUACACCCUCACUAGCAUUGUCCACUAACUUCUAUCUUUUAUUCACUUCCUGUUUAUUGUCAACCUUUCUUGAUAACUUUUCCUCAUGUCAACCGGUUUUGAAUCACAACCCUAGUCUUCGCAACUUAGAUGCUACGUUGAAACAAACAACAAAUAACCGAACAAAGGAACGAGUUCAAUCUCAGGCUUUAUAUCCUAGUUCAUCAGUUCAUGAAAAUACAAGUACCAAAAGCCUCAGCAGCUAAUGUUAACAUACAACUCCUCGGUCCCAAUUGCUGGGGAAAUUCCAGUAGUCAACCUUAUGUCAUCUACCAUGGACCCUCUUGGGCCCAAUCCACAGCCCAUUGAUACCAAAAAUACCCCAGUCACGUCGAAUAACACCAUUGCAAGUGUCAGUGGCCAGCAUGCACCACGCGUGCACCACAUCUGGCUUGUCACUGGCCCAGCUGGGUGCGGCAAGACAACUGUUGCUAGACACUUAUCCGAGUCUUUAAAUUUGCCAUAUCUCGAGGGUGAUGCGUAUCAUCCGAAAGCAAAUAUUGAUAAAAUGGCCAAUGGAAUACCGUUGACAGACGCUGACCGGUGGGACUGGCUUACACUCUUGCGCGAGGAAUCGCUCAGACAACUGACAUCGGGAGCUGAAGGCGUGGUCCUAACCUGCUCGGCGCUGAAGCGGAAGUACAGGGACGUUAUCAGAGUGGCGCCAUACUUCACGCAUGAUGUACAGCUUCAUUUCAUCUACCUCCACGCACCAGAAGCCCUGCUUCUUGAGCGUGUUGGGCUGCGACAGGGACACUACAUGGGUGCGAACAUGGUGCGGAGCCAAUUCGAGAUACUAGAGCCACCAACGGCGGAGGAGACGGAUGUGAUCAGCAUCGACGUGAGCGGUACCAUGUCCGAGGUGCUUAGUGCAGCACUGAGCCAGGCGUCAAAUAAGAUGCGCGAGACCGUUUAAGUAGAAACGGCGGCAUUAUUAGGUAGUAUGCAUGUACGCACGCAUUCUCACGGCAAACUGGGAUCAGUGCCCGUUGGGGGCAAGCAGCGGCUGAGAUUCCGCCACUUGAGAAAACGGACCAAGUGUUUUACUGUUGCUUUUUUUUUCCCCUGAAAUCCAGGUGCGUUGGCGUUGACAUCAGGGAGGUUUGUGGUCUUUGGAUAGGGUAGCUGUUACCUUUCACUUGCCAUGACGAGUUCGUCACGAGACUCGAAUCAAGUGAGAGAAAG